AUGCAGCAGGUUAACUCAAGCGAUCCCAAAAGAUCAAAAUAUACCAGGUACAAACCCCCACCUUCUGGAGGACCUUCAGAUGAUCCAACUCCUGACUACAUGAACCUCCUUGGAAUGAUCUUCAGCAUGUGUGGCCUCAUGAUGAAACUGAAGUGGUGUGCCUGGGUAGCAGUCUACUGCUCAUUCAUCAGUUUUGCAAACUCGAGGACUUCAGAUGAUACAAAACAGAUGCUCAGUAGUUUUAUGUUGUCGAUAUCUGCAGUUGUGAUGUCUUACUUGCAGAACCCCCAACCCAUGCAGCCUCCAUGGUGA